AUGACUUGUCUGAUUAUCUAUGUCGAUGAUAUGAUCAUUACUGGAGAUGAAGUGGAAGAGAUUGAAGAGCUGAAGGUGAAUCUUUUUAAAGAAUUCGAAAUGAAGGAUCUAGGAGCGCUGAAGUAUUUUUUGGGGAUCGAAGUGCUGAGAUCAGAUCGAGGAAUUUUCUUAAGGCAAAAGAAAUAUGUGGUAGACCUGUUAGCAGAAACAAGCCUACUAGAUUGCAAGCCUGCGGAAACCCCGAUGGUAGUCAACCAUGGACUAAGGGUAGUAGAAGGAGCAAGAGCACCAGACAGGGAACAAUAUCAGAGGUUAGUAGGCAAGCUAAUCUACCUCUCCCAUACAAGGCCUGAUAUUACAUAUGCUGUUGGGGUAGUUAGCCAAUUUAUGCACCAACCUCAAGAGGAUCAUAUGGAAGCUGCUUUGAGAAUUGCGAGGUAUUUGAAAGGAACCACAUGCCAUGUAGUAUUUUUGGAGAGGAAAGAAGACCUUGAGGUCGAUGGGUUUACUGAUGCUGAUUGGGCGAGUAACCCAGUCGACAGACGAUCUACUGGAGGGUACUUCACCUUUGUAGGAGGUAACUUAGUCACCUGGAGAAGUAAGAAACAAAAGGUGGUUGCCUUAUCCAGUGCAGAAGCCGAGUUUCGUGGGAUGAAGAGUGGAUUAAUGGAAAUCAUGUGGCUAAGGAGACUUUUAACCGAAAUAGGCUUUCCUCCCACGCUGAAGAGUCGACUAUUUUGCGAUAACAAGGCAACGAUUAGCAUCUCUGAAAUUCUAGUCCAACACGACAGGACCAAACAUGUGGAAGUGGAUUGA